CCAUGUCGACGCCGCCGCCAGCAAGUCCACCACCCCCCUCCAGUUCACGCUUCGCAGUGUACAGACAAGCUCUGCAAGCAAUCUCGGCGCGCACGGGCACAGCGCUUCCCUCGCUCGUCGUCUCCUUCGGCAUCGUGCACGAAUUCACCGCGCUAGUGCCCACCGUCGGUUUCUUCUUCGGCGCACGCGCCCUCGGGGUAGGUGAGCGCGUCGUACAGGCGGUCGCGGCGGAAACGGAAGGCGAGCCCGGCUGGGCAAAGCAGAAGGCACGCGUGUGGCUAGACGAGGGCGGGCAGUGGGCGCAGCGCGUCGGGCGGCGGUACGGCGUAUUUGGUUACGAGAAGCGCGAACGAGGCAAGGAUGGGGACGCUGCUGCGGGUGUGCAAGAGCCCAAGGAGACUGAGGUCGCGACAAGGCUUGCCGGGGACGCUGCGAAUGCGAUUCUCGCGUAUGGGUUGACCAAGGCAUUGCUGCCGGUUCGAAUCGGGCUCUCGCUGUACCUGGCUCCGGCCUUUGCGAGGAGAGUUGUGGAUCCCAUACGCUUGAGUAUCAUGCGUCCAUUCCGGAGGUCGUAGUGGUUGUUUCAGAGCUGUGUAGCUCAAUGACGGAUCUAAAAUAAUGAUAAAAAGGCGAGACGGAUGACAUUCGUGA